UCCAGAUGUGAAUGCUUUCCAGCGAAAAUUUGUCAACGAAGUAAGGCGAUGUGAUGAGAUGGAAAGAAAGCUACGUUAUCUUGAGAAGGAGAUCCUGAGAGCUGAUAUCCCUGUUCUGGACACAGGAGAGAACCCUGAUGCUCCUGCUCCAAGGGAGAUGAUUGACCUAGAGGCGUGCUUUGAAAAGCUUGAGAAUGAACUGAAGGAAGUGAACACCAACCAGGAAGCCCUCAAGAGAAACUUCCUAGAACUGACUGAACUCAAGCACAUCCUGAGGAAGACUCAGCAUUUCUUUGAUGAGAUGCACGAUGGAGACGGCAUGGAGGAGGCCCACAAGCUUCUUGGAGACGAUGGACCGAGGAUGGGACAGCCAAUGAGACUCGGAUUUGUUGCUGGGGUGAUCCAGCGAGAACGCAUCCCCGCCUUUGAGCAGAUGCUUUGGCGUGUCUGCCGUGGUAACGUGUUUCUCCGUCAAGCUGAGAUAGAUGCCGCCUUGGAAGACCCAAGCACCGGUGACCAAGUCCAGAAGUCUGUCUUCAUCAUCUUCUUCCAAGGGGACCAACUCAAGAGCAGAGUCAAGAAGAUAUGUGAAGGGUUCCGUGCUACCCUGUACCCUUGCCAUGAGACCCAGGCAGAGCGAAGGGAGACGGCCAUUGGAGUCAUGACAAGGAUAGAGGAUCUGCAAGUGGUUCUUAGCCAGACCGAGGAGCAUCGUCAGCGCGUCCUGGUCUCUGCCGCCAAGAACGUCCGGGUGUGGUUCAUCAAGGUCCGCAAGCUCAAAGCCAUCUACCACACCCUCAACCUCUUCAAUCUGGACGUCACCCAGAAAUGCCUUAUUGCAGAGUGUUGGUGUCCUGUGUCUGAUCUGGACAAGAUCCAAAUGGCCCUCAGACGAGGCACUGAGAGAAGUGGAUCGACAGUACCAUCCAUCCUGAAUCGCAUGGAGACCAGUGAAGACCCACCAACGUACAACAAGGUCAACAAGUUUACCACUUGCUUCCAGAGUUUGGUCGAUGCGUACGGCGUCUGCACCUACGGAGAGGUCAAUCCAGCUCCUUUCACCAUUAUCACCUACCCAUUCCUCUUCUCCAUCAUGUUUGGUGAUCUUGGUCAUGGCUUCAUCAUGUUUCUCUUUGGUCUGUGGCUGGUGGUGAGAGAGAAGCAGCUUCAUGCCUCCCUGGCCAACCAUGAGAUGUUUGGCACUGUGUAUGGCGGAAGGUACAUACUGAUGAUGAUGGGCAUGUUCUCAGUUUAUACCGGCUUCAUCUACAAUGACUGCUUCUCCAAAUCAUUCAACAUUUUUGGAUCGUCUUGGAAUGUAUCUGCUGCGGGAUACUCUGAUCAUCUCCUAGAACAGGACAUUUCCCUUAUCUUGGAUCCCAAGACCACUUUUGAAGGAGCGGAUCCUUAUCCGUUUGGAGUCGAUCCAAUUUGGCAGCUGGCAGCCAAUAAGAUCAAUUUCCUGAACUCUUUCAAGAUGAAGAUGUCCGUCAUUUUUGGAAUUAGUCAGAUGUUGUUUGGAGUUUGCCUCAGUCUCUUCAAUCAUAUCCACUUCAAGAAAACCAUCAACAUCUGGUGCGAGUUUGUACCCCAAAUAAUCUUCAUGGUGUCCAUCUUUGGGUACCUGGUUUUCCUCAUCUUCUACAAGUGGCUCUUCUUCAACGUAUAUAACAUGCACGGUGCCCCCAGUCUCAUCCUCACCCUCAUCAAUAUGGGCCUCAUGGCUCCGCCCGAUCCGGAAAUGUUCGAGGGACAGGCGGAACUACAGAAGUUUUUGAUCCUCGUAGGCUUUGCAUGCAUCCCAUGGAUGUUGCUGCCUAAACCUUUGAUUAUGAGGGCACAGCAUAACAGGAAAGUCAACAAGGCUGUCAUGUAUCGUGAUGUACGUAUGCUGUCUGGGAAGAGUGAGGAGACAGCCGAGGUGUUACAUCAUGAUGAACUUGAAGCAGAAACAAGUGGUGCUACGCAUACCUCUCCAAAGGAUGAGUUUGACUUUGGAGAAACUUUUGUCUACCAAGCUAUUCACACCAUCGAGUAUUGCCUGGGAUGUAUUUCUCAUACAGCUUCUUAUCUACGACUCUGGGCUCUCAGCUUGGCCCAUGCUGAGCUGUCUGAAGUGCUAUGGAACAUGAUGUUGGCUAUAGGUCUGAGAAUGAACGGCUAUGUAGGAGCGUUUGCCAUCUGGGCCAUCUUUGCUGUAUGGGGUGUCCUGACCAUCAGUAUCCUCCUGUUUAUGGAGGGCCUCUCUGCCUUCCUUCAUACGCUACGACUUCACUGGGUCGAGUUCCAGAGCAAGUUCUUCAAAGGUGAAGGAUACGCCUUCAUCCCUUUCUCCUUUGAUAUCAUUCUCCAAACGAACGAAGAGUGAUUUCUCAUCAGCAUACAUCUCAAUUCAUCUUAUCCUGAUACAGUCAAAUCAGGGCCUCAUGACAUAAUGCCAAACAAUUGAUCUUAGUGCCGAUUUGUACAAUUGAUUGUAUUAAUUAUUGUCUAUGAUCAAUCAUAGAUAUCAGCCUUAUGAUCAAUUGCUAAGCUUUAUGUUAUGAUGUCCAGGGUUGAAGAUACAGUACAUGACCCUGUCUGAAUGGAGAAACUUACAUUAGGGCCCUGUAACAUAAAGCUUAGCGAUUGAUCGUGAGACUGAUCGAUUACAUUGAUUAUUGUGUAUGAUCAAUCAUAGAUACCAGCAUUAUGAUCAAUUACAAAGCUUCAUACUGGGUCCAGGGUUAAAGAUACGCGACCCUGUCUUAAUGGAGAAACUUACAUCAGGGGCCCGUAACAUAAAGCUUGGUGAUUUGUUGUGGUGCUGAUUCCUAUGAUUGAUUGCAUUGAUUGUUGUGUAUAAAUCAAUCGUGGAAAUCAGCUCCAGGAUCAAUCGCAAAGCUUUGUGUUACGGGGCCUGUCUAUAAAGACCACAAGUUUUGUUUCCUUGGAAUAGUUUUCCACAUUUAAGACCCUUUUUGAUCUACAUGUGGUUUAUACACAUGUUUCAUGGUAGUACAAUGUGCUUUGCUAUAUAGUACAUGUAUUUGGCUUAUACCACAUGCUUCAAAUUUGUGUAGGGCUACUUAUCAAUCAAUUGUAGAUCGUGGUUUGCAAUAGAUCAAUCAAUAGAUUGAUUCUGUCUUCAUGUUACCUAUCGCAGUUAUCAAUUUUAAGACCUUGACAUUAUGUUUUAAAGUGAACUAUGACUUUGUGAUGAGUGCCAAGUAUAAAGGGGCUACAAAAGAAUCGUAAAAAAUAAAAAAUAACCCGAUUAUGACACUCAAGGUUGUCAUCCAUUGCUCAGAUAGUAAACUUAAUGCAAUUAGAGUGAAUUAAUUCACUGAGAAAUCAUGCAAACUGAGAGAAAUGCCUGAUGAUCUCACAUAUAUCUCAGAUUGAUAUUGGACAAAAUUAUACCAUGUUUUAUUAUUUAACAUAAAGGUUUCACUUGAUUGCUAUCGGACAAAGUUGAUUGCUUGUAUUAUGUUAUAUCCAUGCUGGUAAUAUUCAAUAUAAAAUGAAUUGAGAUAAAAUAAACCACUUUUACUGAUAUCAUCUUGUUGACAACCAUUUGAUCAAUCUAUGAAAAUAUAUAUUUUGAUUACAAAUUAGAUAUAUUAGAUACAUGAGAUUAUACUAUAUUUAAAGAAAAUAUGAGGAUUGUGUUGUCAGUAAGAUGCUUUUGAAGCCAGUUUUCGAUGUAUUAUAUGUCUGGAAAAAUAUGGUAUUAUAAACCUUGUUUCUUCUUUUUCUUAACAGUAAGUAUCUGUUGAUUAUCUUUAUGUAAAAUGCACACAUUCACUGUUUGGGAGUAGGGCCAAGUCUGUAUCACGUUACUUUUUUAUGCUUUUGAUUAUAUAGAGCAUCCGUAUUUGAGCUUUACUUUAAAAAAAUUUUGAAAAGAUACAUUUGUGUCUUAGAUUAGUAACAAAAAAAGACAUUGCUUCUAAUACUUGUCUGUCUUGAUAUUAAAAUUCAGGAAUUUGUGUGUGUAUUUUGGAAAUAACAGUAUUUGUUUUUGGUCGAGAUAUAUUUACAUAUAUGUCCUACACUGCCAUGCAAUAUAUUGUAUAAAAUGUUGGCAGUAUACAUGUAGUUGGUAUCUUAUAAGAUGACCAAGGUACAAAAAAAAAUGUCAUGGAAUUACCCAACAUAGAAUAUAGAUGAUGUGCCUGUAUGAAUUGGGACAAAAUUCAGGGAAUUUUUUUUUCAAUAAACAUGUCAGAUUUUUUAUUUGUGAAUGCUGCAAAUGAGAUGUUGCAAUAUUGUUAAUUUCACUUUGUAAUGCUUCAUUUUUGUUCCUGAAAAAAUAGUAGUGCUGUGCGACUUGUGCCUUUUUGACAGUUACAAAGUUAUUCCUUAAAGGUAAAAACAAAUAUAUCAUUUCCUACAUGUAGGUUAUGCCUUCAGGGCCCUUGACAAACUAUGAAAAAUAAUUAUUUCCAUAAAUAACUGAGGUAUGUUGGUAAUGAUUACAGAUUUUUUCAAGGUUUUGAGAACAUAAUAGUAUCAUAAGUUUGAAUUAUUAAGUAUGUAUCGUUGUUAGCUUAUUUCACUGUAGUGAACAUGAUCACUAUUUGUUUGUUUUUUUCAUCACAAAUUCUACAUAAGGCUUUCUUGUUUUCCUUGAUUGAAUUUUCACCAUUGUUUGUGAAAUCAUUAGUGAGAAAGUUGUCAUUACUCAGUUACCACCAAUUUUUAAUCUCUUUGUAUAUUUCAUGAUUUACUUUAAAAACUUUUCCUUGACUUCACAUCAGAAUCAUUAUUAACUAGUGUAGCAUAGGGCAUCAAUUUACCCAAGUGUCACCCCAACAGAAUGUGUGGGAUAAUUUGAUUUAUUCUUUUCUGAUAAGAUUCCACAAAUUAUGCCAAGGCCAUCUUUAAGUUAUUUUUCAGUAACCAGACGAAUGGAUUGAUUAGCUUAGCUCAUUGAACACUGGCCAAGUCAUACCAAAGAUUUCAAUAAUCGGACAUUCCAUCUUUCUACUUAGAAACACGACUUAUGAAUGGAAAAGGGUGUGGAUGACAUACAUAUAAUAUGUUUAGCAGGGGCACUAGUAGCCCAGGGGGUGUUUUACAAAGAUUUAAGUACGACUUAUGAGUUGUACUUAAAUGUCUAGUUGCGUGCAGUAUAAAAGGCAUCACCACAUUGGUCAGAUCAUGCCAAUAGGAUGCGCACGACUGCAUAUUGAUCAAUAAGAUUGCAUGUUUUAUAUCAUAUAUGCGUCAGCAUUUAAGUGCGACUCUAAGUCAUACUUAAAUCUAUAUGAAACACCCCCAACUAAUAAAAGCUGAAGUGUCUACAAUAAUAUAAUGAGAGUUUCAAUAUGUUAUACCCUGUUCUUUUUAAUGUACUUUUUAUUCAAGGGAUAAGGAGAUACUGACGGGAAGAUUUGAUACGCCUGAAUAAGGCAUAGGGUUCGUCUAAACAAGUACUUCAUGCACACAAUGAUUCAGAUGUACUCGUUCUGCUCGAGAACUCUGCAGUGUGAAAAAAAUUACUUAAUUGCAUCAUAAUUAUUGGUAUUAUCUUUAUUAUGAUCAUAUGAUAAAGAUAAUAUGAGGACAUUACUGAAAGUACUGAUUAAUAAAGAGGUAAUUUGUCAAUUUGCAAAA